UGCUCUGCCACCGCUCAAGCGAGAGGCGGGGCUCGACAAGAGCAGAGCAGAAGCGGAGCGGCAGCCGUUACACAUUUCAAGCUCAGUCUGCCUCUCAUCACAUCUAAGGACGGACGGAGCUGAAAACAAAAGGCAUAGUGACUUGACAGCUAUCUUAUGGCGAAUAUGUGCGAUCCAAAACCAUCAGUCAUUUAGAGGAAACGAACAGUGGAAAGUAUUGCAGUUUAUUUUGUGUGCAGCACGUCACUUGCAGCUUUCACAUCAGUGCGCGCGGACUACAGAAUUCCAUCAGAUGCACAGAGGAUGGAGCUGGACCGCAGAGAGGCGCCUCUGUAUGGCCAGGUGGAGGCCCGUGUUACAUUGCAGGUUCUGGACGCAGAAGAACAGGCAGAGUUCUAUGUGGUUCUAGAAGGUUCCAGACUCACCCAUGUGACCGUGGCCAAGAGAACAGAGGACGGAGCCUCCCUAAGCUUCAUGGUUCCAGGUCACGACCUCCCAGAGGCUGUCUCUGUGUCCUCGUACCGCCACACCAGAGGGUUGGCCAAACCAUGUGAAGGCAGAGCUUCUCUGAAAUACAUCCAUGAUACGGUGCAGGAAGUGGUGGAGUACCUGGUAACCAAUAGCGACCAUCUUAAUCACCAAAGCUACCUGGAGGUCCUGCGGAUUAUCUCACAAGAGGGUGGAGCCAAGGACAGGACUGGGGGCCCAGGGGGGGAACCUUGUCCUGGGCAGGGGUACCAGGAGGAUGGGCCUGUGGUGGAUGGAUGUAGCCCAGAGCAUGAAGUUGCGCUCAGGGAGAUGGAUGAGAGGAUUACCCUGGCCAUGGCUAACAUGGAUCAUCCUCCAGUGUGGAGCAGCAUGCGGAGCCAGCCAAGAGAAGCUGACCUCCAGGCCAGAGAGACCCUUCUCCAUCUUUCCGUCCGACUCGGGCUACUCCAUCUCUCCCGCUUCCUUAUUCGACAGCCCAGGGGUCAGAGGGCACUGACCUUGCCCAAUCGGGAGGGGGACACACCCCUUCAGCUGGCCCAGAAAAGGGAAGACCACGCCCUUUUCCGUGCGCUCGCCACCCCCCCUAUCUCCACGGCGGCCCCUCCCGUUGGGGUGUGCUGUGUGUGGUCCGACAGCUCCCGGGCCUUGCUGUUCUGUCCCAGGUCGGACUCCCUGACCCUCACGGCCCAGCGGGCCGUGGCGGGCAGCGCUCCGGACGGUGUGGAGUUCCUCAGGGACAGGUUGACGGAGCAGGACAUCACCAGACAGAUCACAGAGCUCAGAGGUGAGGCUCAGCUGAACCACAGAGACAGAGAGGAACUCCUCCACAGCACAAUGAGAGACAAAGACAAGAACAGUAAUACAGAUGUGCCUGGGAAGCUCCAGGUGGACCAACUCGUUGUGGACAAUGUUUUUGAAGAAGAGCUUGUUCUCUCAUUGGAUGAUGAUGAGGAGUUUCAGCCAUCAAUAACGAUGAAGGGCCAGGCGGCCUCUGCUGUGUCUAUGACCAACGGAGGGAGUCGCGCCCGAUUGGACAGCGCGCCAAUGACUCAGGGGAACGAUGUGGAUGGGAUGUACAGUGUUGCCGGGGUAACCAGGGACAGCUCUGGGACAGACAGCCGUGCGUGGGACACGGCGCACGCCGAAUCCCUCCUCCAGGCCACAGACACGCCCCCGCCACCUCCCGACCUCCAAUCAGAUGACGGCCAGCCCUUGGCCCCUCCGAUGUCCGCCCACCCCCUCCUCCCCUCCUCCUCCCCCGCCGACCAGGCCCUCGCCAGACUCAAACGCGUCUCGCACCUGACCAACCACAUGGAGGCCACGUCCUUGGAGCCCUGUGCUCAGGUAGAAGUCUCUUCCUAUUCGUCCAUUUCCCUGUCACUGAAAUCUAUAAGCCCCACUCUGGUCGCCCUGGAGGUGGACAGUGACGACGGCGAGGGUGAAGGUCUGGGGCCGACGUCUCCCCUCUCGCUCCUCCCCUCGGACCCUCGGCAGAGCAGCGGGGACGAGAGGGACACCGCGGAGCCCUCCCCCGACCUGGCCUGCAUGCGCUCGCACUCCGCCUCCUCGGCAGGCCAGGCCGCUCCCUCCAAGGGCGCGGUCGACCCGGGGCUCCGCCUGCGCUCCUACUCCUACUCCUCCCCCAAGGUCAGCCUGCGCCCCGCCCACUUUACCCGAGACCACGCCUCCGCCUCUUCCUCCUCCAACCCAGCGGCCAACCCCGGCUCAGAUGGCGUGUUCCACAACCUCUACCACAGCAGAUCUCUCCUGCAGGCCCUCUCUCUGUCUAAAUCUCUGUCUCUGCUCCACCCUGGUAAACAGCGAGCCUCCAGUCUGAUUGACCAUCCACAAGAUAAAAGGGAGAUCAAGUUUCGGAAGCGUGCCCAGUCGGCAGACGAUGAGGGCAGCGUUGAGCUGGCAGAAUCCCUCCAGCACCUCACCCUCUCAGAGUUCCUCAAAGAGAUCGAGGAGGAGGAGUGGGACAACUACAGCAUCCCGUCGAAAGUGGAGUCGGAGAAGUACAAAGUGAUCCGCACCUUCAGUUUCCUGAAGAGCCGCAUGUCGAGCACACGGAGCAAGAACAAGGGGAAGGGGAAGGAGAAGGAGAGAGAGGGGAAGGACAGGCAGCUGAAUGGCCACCGCUUCUCCUCGGGCUCCUGCGUGGGCCCCACGGUCUGCCUGGUGUGCGACAAGCCUGCGUCGGGGAAGGACCUGCUCCACUGCGCCAGCUGCACUGUUCUGGUUCACAAGAGCUGCAAGGAGUCGGCCCCGCCUUGUCUGAAGAAACUCCACGACAAGUACGCGGUGACCACGGCGAAGAGUAGGACCUCCUCCCUCCCGCAGAACUUCACGGUGAGAGAGAGCCUGUCGCCGUCUGCCAUGUCUGCCUCCGUGUCCGUCGUGACACCUAAGGAGCGACGGGAGCCCGCCCUCUCACCAGGCUCUCUGCCCAGCCCCCUGUCCAGGAGCGCCGCCGACAGGCUCAGCGAGAGCCCUGAGAUGGAGAACGAUAGCUGGAGGAUGUCUGGCCAAUCAGAGGAGCUGCUGCAGGCCACAGAAUCCUCCACCUCCACUGACUCCUCCCUCGGAGAAGACUGUGUGGACGCCUGUCUCCAAAGCGACCUGGCGGCAGAUGCUCUGGACUACGAGGCCGAGUCGUGGAGCCUGACGGUGGAGCACAAGUUCUGCAAGAAGCAGGACAAGCGCGUCGUGAAGAGACAGGACGUCAUCUACGAGCUGAUGCAGACAGAGUUGCACCACCUGCAGACGCUGUGCGUCAUGGCAGAGGUGUUCCGGCGGGGCAUGAGAGAGGAGGUGCUGCUGGACGCCGAGGCCGUGGGGCGGGUCUUCCCCUGCUUGGACGAGCUCCUCCUCUUCCACCACGGGUUCUUCAGCGCCAUGAGGGAGCGCCGGUGUAACUCCGCCCACCCCCACGGCCAUGGCAACUACCUCAUCCAGCACAUAGGAGACGUCCUGCUGCAACAGUUUUCCGAGGAGAACGCAGAGAGGAUGAAGCAGGUGUACGGAGAGUUCUGCAGCCACCACAACGAGGCGGUCAGCUUCUUCAAAGAGCUCCAGCAGCAGAACAAACGCUUUCAGCUCUUCAUCAAGCAACAAAGUAUCAAUUCUCUGGCCCGGAGGAGAGAAAUCCCAGAAUGCAUCCUGCUGGUCACCCAGCGAAUCACAAAGUACCCGGUGCUGCUGGAGCGCAUACUGCAGUACACCCAGGAGGACACGGAGGAGCACACAGACCUGUCCCAGGCGCUGGUUGGGAUCCGGGAGGUGAUCGCUGCGGUGGACCUGCGGGUCAGGGAGUACGAGCAGGACCAGAGGCUGCAGGACGUGCUGGGCAGGAUCGAGAACCGCAGCUCGGCCAAGCUGAAGAACGGCUCCACCUUCCGCAGGCAGGACGUCCCGGGGCCAGGCCGCACGCUCAGACACCUGGGGGUGCUGCUGUGGAAGACCGCCACGGGGCGGCUCAAAGAUGUCCUGGCCCUUCUGCUCACAGACAUAAUCAUCUUCCUACAGGAGAAAGACCAGAAGUACAUCUUUGCUGCUGUGGACCAGAAGCCCCCGGUGAUCUCGCUGCAGAAGCUGAUCGUGCGCGAGGUGGCCAACGAGGAGCGGGGGAUGUUCCUGAUCAGCGCCUCGACGGCGGGGCCGGAGAUGUACGAGGUCCACACCUCCUCCAAGGAGGAGCGCAACACCUGGAUGAGGCUCAUCAGGGAGGCAGUGGAGAGUUGUCCAGAGGAAGAGGAGGAAACCACCAGCGAAUCAGAGGAGGAGAAACGAGCAGCCGAGGCCCGUGUCCAAAAGAUCACCAAGCUGCAGGAGAGUCUAGGCAGUCAGGACCAGCAGAUCUGCUCCAGCCUGGAGGAGAAGCUCCAGGUCUACGCCCAGCUCUCCGCCCUCAGCGCCAGGGGGGAGGAGCCACAUCCCAAGCCCCGCCUCCUGGUGCAGCCCCACCCAGAGGAGGUGCCCCAGGCCGCAGUGCUGCUGACGGCCGCGCUCCGAGAGGCUGAGCACCUGCGAGCCACUCUGACCUCCAGGACCUGCUCCCCAUCCAGCCCCGUCAGGGACCCAGAGACAGACCCCCUAUCCCUGGGCAGCAGCCCAUCCUCCCCCCUGGGGCCCUCCUCGGACCCAGAGCCCUCGCCUGGGGAGCACGAGGUCAGGGAAGUGGGCUGGACAGAUUCCGAAGCCCUGGUCCUGCAGUCUCUGACCCACCUCCAGACGCCAGACACCGGUAACAUCAACCUCAAGGUUGCUCAAAGUGUUCAAAGCCUGACUCAGUUGCUGUACAGUCUACAGGCGGCCGUGACCAUCCAGGACAGCUGCUACGAGGUCCAGCGGCUCCUCCUCCGCGAGGCCCAACGCUCGCCCCCCCGGAGCUCCGGCGGAGCGCCGCACCCGCCCUGCCUCCGCGCCGGCGCCCUGCAGGAGCAGGAGAAGCAGCGCAACCUGGAGAAGCGGCGCGAGGAGGUGGCGGCCGCCGCCCGCCUCCACGGCCGCCUCCGCCAGGAGCGCCUCCGCUGGGAGAGGGAGUGCCAGGCGCGCCACAGCCAGCAGGGGGAGCUGGAGAGCAGGCUGGAGGAGCGCGAGAGCCACUGCCUCCUGGAGGCGGCGAGGCUGCGCCGGGAGAGGGAGGAGCUGCGGGAGCAGCUGGAGGAGUACCAGCAGAGCCUGGAGAGGCUGAGGGAAGGCCAGCGGAGUGUGGAGAGGGAGAGGGAGAGGCUGGAGACCCAGCAGAAGCUGCUGCAGAGCUGGAGGCACAGCCGGCAGAGGAGCCUGCCCGUCAUGGUCAUCCCCUUGGAUGGCCUGCAGGACUGCCCCCCUCCCGGUCAGCCAGGCGGCAACCUAGACGACGGCUCGGUGUUCGUAAACGAGGCUGCGUUCGCCAGCGCCACGCUCAACAACCGCCACCGCCACGUUGCCAGGGGCUACGCUGACGAUGCCAGCGCCCACAACAGCCUCAACAGCUUGCUGGCGCGCUCGGGCCACAGGCAGCCCUCCCUGGCCAAGCCCCUGCAGCCCCACACAGACCCCCCAGGCUGGGCACGGGGCACGGGACACCUCUAUAGCCCACUAGCGGGACCAGGGACUGAGUCGACACCCAAUGACGCAAACACACACAGGUGUGUCAGGGAGGCCUGGUCGUCCACGGCAACAGGAGUGGGCCACUUUCCAGGACCACCGACUGACGGCAACCCCCAGCUAGACCUUACCUCUCUAGUCUCCAUGGAGACGGAGAGUGGGGAAGAGGACGGCGCUGAGGAAAACAUUGUUUACCUCUGAUUGUGUAGGCAGUGACUGGGCGGUUUAACUUAGUCCCAAAAACCAGGAAGUGAGGCCUGGAGGCUAAGAAUCGAUUCAAUUUACAAAAACGUUAUUUGACGUGAGACCAUGCAUCACCCAGGUUGAUGGAGGACAGGGGCUAGACCCCUGCGGUUAUCUCUGAUCACGUCAUCUGCAGGCAUUCAACAGACUCUCUCCUCUCCCAGUGUGAUACCUCUAGACCAGACAGGCUGUCAUUAUGUACGUGGGUUUGAGUGUGGUUGUGUGUGUGUGUGUUUGGGGAGAGCGAGGGAAGGGAAGAGAGGUGGAGGGAGAGAGAGAUGGAGAGGCUCACCUCAGGACUGACAGGGUGGCUGGGUGCCCGAGGCCUCUGGUGACAGAAUCAGGUUGCUCCAUUCUCCCCAGCCUCUUAUUGUUUCCCAUUCAUUUCCUUUCCUUCCUUCCCUCUCUCUCUCGCUCUCACUCCUUUCUCCGAUAUGCCUCUCAUUACCCCGUCCUCCUCCUGUCUCUCCACUCUCUCUCUCCCUCUCUCCCCCAUCUCCAGUCUCUCUCCUUGCCGGUCUCUCCAGCUUCUGUCCCUGCCUGCCUCUCUCUGGUCACUUUCCCUGUUUGUCUUUCUCCAGACUCCCCCCCCCCCCCAACUCUCUCUGCUUUCUCCCGGGUCUCCCUCCCUGCCUGGUGUGCUCCGAUCUCUCUGUGGUCUCUCUGCCUGGUCUGGCCCUCCGGUCUCUCUUCCCGCUCCCCCCUCCUCCCCUGGCUGAUGGUCUGGCGGGAGAAUAAACCUCUGGCCGCCCAUUCAUCAGACAAGCUCUAUUUACAAGGCGAGAGGGACGCGGCAAACACAUUAGCGAUGAGGGAUGAGGUGAGGGGCUCCGGUCAGGAGGGCGCGUCCUCCUCCGCCCCCCACCCCACCGCUACCCCGCCCCAACUCGGCCCAGCUCACACCAUCAUUUGUUUCCAUCUGAUAGACUUUGUUUCGUUGGAGGGAGAUCAUUAUUUUUAUUUUAUUUUUGGGGGGGGGGGGGAUUCUGAGACCGCAGCAAUCUGUCAGUGUUAUCUGUAUCGCUACUCUCCAGGAUCACUGAUGUUCUAGAAUAAACCACAUAGUGAACCAUGGUGAAGAGGAGACUGCAGGAUGACCGGACAAACUUCUCUACGUUGCAUACUGUACAGUACGUGUACUUUUGGAGUUUAGAAUCUAUGGCACUGCCCUUUGGAAAGUGAAAAGGUUGUAAUUUAUGAAUAUUUAAAGAGUUCGUUUUAAACGAGCGUACCAAAUACGACAAAAUGAGCUCCUUCUGACACAGACUGUCCGGCGGAUGUUCUCAUUCACUUUUAUUUGGGCACAUAUAUUUCCAAGCACAUACUUCGGCUGCAUUUAUUAUGGGAUGUUGAUGAGAGCGGAUACUGUUGCUAGGUGGCAGGUUGUUAGCGGGAGAUGGAUAACUGUAACAGUGCUACCCGUCCCCCAGCACUGCGCCUAAUUAAGGUUGUAUCUAAAAUAUUGCACUUAAAUAUUCAUUUCGGAUAAAAUAUAACUGUGGUGUUAUGUUCCCUUGUGGGCAUUGCCUGUAAAGUUAGCUUUGCUUUAGUCAGGUUAAGGUGUAACUAGAUAGUUCUACACUGUCACCAACCACCAUGGUAGAUAACCAAAUUUCUCAAUUGGUAGAAACUGUACAUUUGUGUAGGAUUGGUUAAUUUUCUGUCCUUGGUUAACAAGCUUAGAAAUACAAGUGUGUUUAUUUAGAUGUGAAUGUCAGUUUAGUUGAUGUGAUAGUCAAGUGAAUUCAUGCGUAUAUUUCAGUGCCUUUUGUCAUGUUAUUUAUUGUGAGUGUUUUUUAAUGUUAUUGUUUCACCGUGUUCUCUUGGGCUGUGUUGUACAUGGAUCACCUGUAUCUUUGCGUCAAUAUAUCAUGCAUUAAAACAUGAUUGUAAACA